AUGAGCACACCUAUCCAUGUCCAACUUUCGGUCAUUGUUUCUGCACAUCCCCUCGCCGCUACGCUCGUCACUCUCGCGAUCUGCCUGGGAACAACAUUCCUUGUAAUCCAGGAGAUUUUUACGCCUGUUGGAAAGCGAAAACCACCCCCGGGAAAGAAAUGGAAUCUCCCGCCUGGCCCUCGUGGAAUCCCAAUAUUUGGCAGUUUGCGGGUAUUGGAUAAAGCACGCAGUGACAAAGACUACAAGAUGCAUAAUGAACUCGCCAGAUAUGGCGAAAUGACAACAAUCCACCUUGGAUCAAAGACAUGGGUUCUGUUGAACAGCAAACGCGUGGUUUCCGAGAUCAUUGCGAAGCGCGGUUCUCUUACGAACGGCAGAAGCCCCAUGCCUAUAGCCAGCGGCAUCGUUAGCCGAAACGGACAGAAAAGGCGAGUAAUGCACUCCCUUCUCAGUGGGUCGGCUUUAAAGCAAUACGGUUCCUGGCAAGAGCUCGAGAGCACACAGAUGCUCGCCGAAUAUCACUUUUAUCCCCGACUUUGGUACCGCCAUCACUACCGAUAUGCCAACUCUGUGGUGCAUCGUAUUGCCCUGGGCGAAAGGCUGGUGAAGACCCGAAAGGAGCUUGCUGAUCUUCAAGAUGUGGUCACUUACUUCAUUGGGAGCAUCGGCAGCAGCUUGGUUGACUGGUUUCCCGAGCUGGACAAGCUUCCUCGUUUCUUACAGCCCUGGCGUAAACAUUGGGAGAGGCUCGGGGAUUGGAAUGAAGAAGUCUACAAGUCGUGGUGGAUACCGGCGAGAGAGAAGGUUGAAAAUGGUACUGCCCCUCCAUCAUGGGUGCGCGAUGUUCUCCUCCAUCCGGAUACCAAGUUCACUGGGGACGACAGGGAUGCCAUGUACGUCGCACUUCAAUUGUUAGAGGCAGGGAGUGAUACCACCCGAGAAGUGUUGAACAUCUUUGUGAUGUCUGCCUUAUGCUACCCGGAGAAGUUCCAGAAAGCAAGGGAAGAGGUAGAUCGCCUUUGUCAUUCAAAUGGGAUGCGCCUCCCUGGUAUCGACGAUAUGGAACAGUUGCCUUAUAUUUGUGCCAUGAUCAAGGAAUUACUCCGAUGGCGCCCUAUCUUUCCUUUUACACCUGACCAUACAUUGACUUCAGAUAUGGAAUUUGAAGGCUAUCAUUUCCCGGCCGGAGUUGGGUUCGUGAUCAAUGAGAUCCCUGUGUGCAAUGAGUGCGACGAUCCAGAAGAAUUCCAACCCGAGCGCUGGCUUGACGGCCACGAGACCGAUGCUGCCCAUGGCCUCUGGCAAUUCGGUGGUGGCCGGCGUAUAUGCGUAGGGUACAUAUUGGCAUUCAGGGGCCUCUUCAUCAAUAUAGCUCGGUUAGCUUUCUGCUACAACUACAAAGCAAAUGGCGCUUUCGACUCGAAACGCCUGAACCACCAUAUGACAGACGAACCAUUCCCGGUCGAGGUGACGCCAAGAAGCCAGGAGCAUAUGGCACUGAUCAUGGAGGAAAGAGCUCGCCUCGGAGUGUUGGAAGACGCGAAACGCCAAAUGUAA